GCGCCUGGCUGGGUGUAAGUAGGGCAAGCCGCUUCCUGGUUCUCAGAAAGGAGGAGCUGGGAGUCGGAGUGGGCCAGCAGCAGCAGCGCAGGCAGCAGACCGGGGGUCAGACAGAGAGAGACGCGGAGAGAGGAGGACCGGAGGUCUGCGCCACAGAGACGCACGGUUUGGUCAAGAGGAGCAGCUCAGGUGUGUGUGUGUGUGUGGAGCUGAGCUGAGGACGACGGCAGCACAGAAGAAAAGACACUGACAAAAGCUGCGAGAAUUUAAAAAAGAAGAAGAAGAAGAAGAAGAAGUGGAAGAAGAAGUAGUCAGGGUGGGACUGAGUGAUCCAGGAAGUGUGGAGGUCGCUCAGGUGGGAGGCGACGCGUCAGGGCAGGUGCCUCACUCACAGCCGCCGGUGCUCAGGUGUAUGACCUCUGCUGACCACUGAGCAAAAAAAGAGCCAAAGAAGACCGAGUGGAGUGAGCAAGAGAGACAGAAAUCCGGCACCCAUCUUCUGUUGAUUUUAUGGACUGGAGGUGGCGAUGUCUCCAGGAGAGGACGGUCUGAUUGGGAUCCCCUUCCCGGAGCACAGCAAUGAGCUCUUGUCCCACCUCAAUGACCAGAGGAGGACAGGCCUCCUGUGUGACCUCACCCUGACCUCCCGCGGGGCACGCUAUCCGACUCACCGCUCUGUCAUGGCCGCCGUCAGCCUAUACUUCCGUCGGCUGUUCGGGACAGAGGAGGGGGGUGGUGAGGGCGGCGGAGGUUUCAGCGUUUGUCAGCUGGACUGUGUAGCACCUGACGCCCUGGACGCCCUACUUGAGUUUGCUUACACUGCAACCCUCACCAUCCCAAGCUCCGGGAUGAGAGAUGUGCUGCGAGGAGCUCAGCUUCUGGGCAUCCAGUGUGUGGCUGAUGCUUGCAGAGAAAUCCUUGGGGAGAAGGCAGAGGCCGAGGGAGAAACAGCAGAAGAGCAGAGAAUCCAAUACGCGGCUCCUAAGAGGAUGCUAGUAGGAGAGAGUUAUGUACAGAAAGUGUCCAGAAGAAAAACGGACAGAAAACGGGUGAAAAAAGUUGAGUUGAAUCACAGGUCCUCAUUUUUUAAUCCAUCACCGGCUUCUCCCAUCUCUCACUCUUCACCUGCGUCUGACAGCCUGCGCUCCCUGCCGUCUACGCAGCCACCCAGCCCGGAGCAGGAGGAGCUUUUCAUCAAAUCAGAACAGCAGAACGGAGAUCCCAGGUCGAUGAGAGAGCCGGGGAGAGGAGCCACACCAAAUGGAGGUCACCCUCACUGGCUGCACGACCGCCCCCGUAUAGCUCAACCACCUCCUGUCCCACCCCCCAAUGAUAAGCUCUUAGGGAAUGAUGGCGUGGAGGGCUUUGGUGAGGAUCGUAUGCUAAUGGGAAGCACAUCCGUACCAACAUCUGUAGCUGAGCGUGGGGCGGCGGCAUCAGCAGUCGGAGGCGGGAGGAAGAGGAAGUCUCAGACGCCACAGCAGUGUCCCGUCUGUCAGAAAAUCAUCCAUGGUGCGGGAAAACUGCCCCGACACAUGAGGACACACACGGGAGAAAAACCCUUCCAGUGCUCUGCCUGUGGAGUCCGUUUCACUCGGAAUGAUAAGUUAAAGAUCCACAUGAGAAAACACACAGGAGAGCGUCCUUACCCGUGCCCCCACUGCACCGCCAGGUUCCUACACUCGUACGACCUCAAAAACCACCUGUCCCUCCACAGCGGGGCAAGACCCUUUGAGUGCCCGCUCUGCCACAAGGCCUUCGCCCGGGAGGAUCACCUCCAGCGUCACCGCAAGGGUCACAGUUGCCUGGAGAUGCGCACACGCCGACCCAGGCGAGGUCCUGAGGUUAUGGAGGACGGGAGAGAGGAUGAGGGCAGGAGAGAGCAGCCAAACCCUCUGGAGGCUUUGUCCUCGCAGGCCCACACCUCAGUGUUUCACCCACACAUGUUGCUGGAUGGCGGCAGUGGACCAAGCGGCGCUCAUCCGCUGAUGUUUCCAGGCGAUGUGGAGAGGGGGCGCUCUCUCGCCCUACAGGCUCUGGCCCAGCUUGGGCCUCACAGGCUGGGCGGCUACCCCGAGCUCUUCCUGCGAGGGCUGGAGCUGCGAGGAAGCAGAGAGGCGGAGGUGGAGGAUCCUGGAGGAACCCACUCACCAGCUGCACUUCGAGACCGAUGGGCAGAUGAAGUGGAAGAGGAAAUUGGAGAUGAGGAAGUGGAGGAAGAGGAAUAGUGGAAGAAGGAGGAGUGUGUGAUUGUGUGUGAGUGAGUUUGUCUGUGUGGUAAAGAAUCCACAGUGAAAAACAAAUCUCAGGUGGCUGGACUAAAUACCUGCUGCUCCCAUAUAGAGAGCACUUAAAAAAAAAAAAGAUAUUUAAAGAAAAAAAAAUGGAAAAACGGGUU